AUGUCCGCGACGCUGGCGGAUCCGUACCGAGCCUAUGCAAUUGAUUACUCUCAGCAUGGCAAUUGCAAAGCCGAAGAACACGAGGAACUACUUGCCUUUCAGUCACGGCAGGCACAGAUUCAUCAUGACAAGCAGAGUGAGGUUCCAUUCCCACCAACAAGCUCACAUCGCCCGGUGUUUGAACAGCAUCAACAUGCCAGCGCAGGCGUCCUUCCUAGUAUUGUAUCACAACCGACAGUGCAUGACCUCUCCCAAACAGUCAUGCUUGGACCACAUCAAAUGUUAUCACGACAGCUCCCACCCCAGUAUCACCAUGCCAGUCUUGAGGCCUCCUCUACCCAACGCGGCAAGAAACGAUCUCACGCGGAAAUCGGAGAAGAAGAAGACGACGACGAUGGAAGUCACGGCAUCAGGCCACAUCUACCGCUCUUUUCAACCGAAGCGUCGACUACAGCCACGCACUCUCCCGAACUGCUCUUCUCUGUCCAGGGCGACCCCUCGCAGCAUCAUCAGACGACAUCGGGCCAUGGCUUCAGUCCGCAGGGAUCUUCUGCACUACCACAACAACACCACCACCAUCGCCUUCCUCCCAACGCGUCGUUACCGUCAGCCCAGUACCAUGGUAUGAGUGAUGCAUCGCCACCUUUGGCCUCUGGCCCACCCAGUGUCGUGGGUCAGCCUGGGAUGCCCGAUCCAGCUCCAAGGCCGCGAGGACCAAAGCUCAAGUUUACGCCAGAGGAGGAUGCAUUGCUGGUUGAGCUGAAGGAGAAUAAGAAUCUGACGUGGAAGCAAAUUGCUGACUUUUUCCCCGGUCGAACGAGUGGCACGUUGCAAGUCCGUUACUGUACCAAGCUGAAAGCCAAAGACGUGAUUUGGACGGAUGAAAUGGCGCAUCGACUGCAACGUGCAAUUCAAGAGUACGAGAAUGAUCGCUGGCGCAUCAUUGCGGGCAAAGUUGGCAAUGGCUUUACGCCAGCAGCGUGUCGAGAAAAGGCCACAGAACUCUGA